CGAAAAUCACCAGACACAGUUAUCUGCUUUCGACACGUGAUGAUGCAACUUGGCGAACUUGGGAGAAAUUCUAAGAAAAUAGCAAACAGAAAAUGUCACCCCAUUUCUGGGCAGGCAUGAACAAAUCUCCCCUGAAUAACAACAAUGGGGAUCCUCUCUUUUCUGUGAGUUUCCUCUUUUAUGAGAAGGGUUUAUAUUGCAGAGGGACUCUUGAGAGCUCAGAUGACCAGUUCUGCAGGGGAAAGAGUGAAGCAACGGUUCAGCUGCUUGUUCUAAGACUCUACUUCAAGGUGAGCAAGAGCUCUUCACUUGAAAUCCUCCCCGCGAUGCUGCUGCUGCUGCUGCUGCAGGUCUCAGCGAGCUGCUUCUGGCUGGGACGCAGCGAGGUGGUGACAUCCUUUGAACACUCAUGCACUCAGUUUUUCUUCCGGGGAGCCCCCCCAAAUGAAGCCCUGGAGCCAGAGAACCCAGCCUGGAUCUGCCAGCGCCACCAGAACCGCUAUCACUUUGCCACACUGUACGACAGGAACAGGCGGAUCCCAGUGUAUUCUGCUUACCUCUACCAGCCUAAACCUUGCACAAGACCCAAAACAUGGCUGGUUGAGCCCCAGCUGAUGGGUCUAAAUUAUCCCAAAAAUAUGGAAACAGAGGAGACCUUCUUAAAGAAAUUCCACGUCAGCUUAGAUCAGCUCAGUGAGAGCCAGGCUGUCCUCCAAGACUACAAGAACCUGAAGGGUUUGAACCGUGGCCAUUUGAACCCCUGCGGCCAUCACUCCAACCCCAGCAGCAGGGCGGCCACCUUCACCCUCACCAACAUAGUUCCCCAGGAUGAGAAACUGAACGGCGGCGCCUGGAACAACUACGAGGAGCAAACGAUGAAGAUGAAGACCCAGGGAUGCAACACCACCUAUGUCGUCGUGGGUGCCGUGCCUGGGAACAACUAUAUCGCCAAUGGGAGGGUUAAUAUACCCAGCUACCUCUGGUCAAGUGCCUGCUGCGAGGUGGGCACCCACCACUGGAAAUCUUGGGCAGUCAUUGCUGAGAAUGACAAAAAUCAGGUCCGGCUCCUCACGCUGGGGGAGCUGGAGGAUGAGUUGACCCGGCUCUAUGGGGGGAAGCAGGUUUCUCUGUUUAACAACAACUGUCCCCGGAAAUAAGCCCCGCUUCACUUCCCAGGUGUAAAAGGCUCAGGAGCUUUCACCACAUGCCCUACACAGUGUCUGUCCUCCUUCCUUUUCUAGACGGUUUCCAGCUCUGUCUGUCAGAGCACCUUCUCUAAUAAAAGGGAGAAAGAGCUCAGCAGAACCUCCAGCUGGUUUGCUUUUCUGCCCACCCUUGGAGGGGCCUCUGAGGAAGGAGUCUUUGCUCUGGCUGCUCUGGAGGGCUGGUUGAACAGUAGCCCAUGGGCAAGGAAAUCAGAGCUUGGGGAGAAUUAAUUGUUAACCCGCACAUACCUUCUGAGCUAUUCCAUCCUGUGCGCUGGAGGAAAGCUUUCUCUCCCAAUGGCUGGGUCUUUGGGACUCUCCUUUUGUUCCUGGCAUCAACCCUUCUCUUCUCCUUCUCCAAAAUAUGCUUCCUCAAGGUCCUCACCGUGGUUUUUGCACCACCAGUGUUGUUGCUUUGUUUCCUCAAACCAAUGAAAAAAUGCAACCACUUCUUUCUUAAUAGUUGUUCCCUAAACACAGCUGUCCUUCUUCCACAUUCGUGCCUUCCCUGAACUUUUGUCCUUCACCAUUCUCAUUGUCCCCUUUCUUUUAAAUGAAAUAAAAUUGAAACAAGCAUCCA